AUGAAUCAAUAUCUAUUUAGGUCAUGUGAUUCAGUAGCAAGUAUAACAGAUGUCAUUAAGAAGAGCGGAGCGAGCAAAGAAACAAGUUCACUUAUCCAAGAACUUAAAACACUGAUUAAUAUCUGCUUAGAAAUCAAAACGACCAAAGAAACAGAUCUUUCAGAAAUAGAUUUAGCAAAGAAAACGGCCCUUGAUGAAAUGAAAAAGCACAGAAAGGAGCUAGAUACUCUACUUGAUGAACUUGAAAAUGCUUCAAAACAGAAAAUUGAAAAUGAACACAAAAAGCUUUGGGAUGAAUCUGAAGAAGAAAAGCAGAAAAUAACAGAAUACGAAAGCAGACUGCAGAAACGUGUUUCCACUCUGCAAGCGUCGGGAAGUAACGAAGCACAACGAUUUGUCUCUGAGAAACUUGGACACAAAGAUCUCGUAGACAUAUCUAAAGAUGCAUACACGUUUACAAGAGGAAACAAAACAUCAUUUGAAUUUCAUGGUGAUCCAAAUCUUGUUGAAGUCUUUUCAGAGAUAGAGUCACUAGGAGAGGUCGAAAGACAUGUUAAAUGCCGAACUGUCCCUGUAAAAUCACUUUAUCAAAUAGAAAGGACGCGUGAACAAAAUGUAAAUAUUCCGAGUGACAAACGUGCAUGUAAUAUUUCGUCCUGUUGUUUUGAUGAUAAUGGAAACUUGCUUCUGACUGAUUACAAUAACAAAUCCCUAAAACGAGUAAACUUACAAACAGCUUCGGUCACUGACCAAUGUAGUAUGCCAGACAGUCCAAUAGCAGUAUGUUGUGUUAACAAGGAAGAAGCUGCUGUAAGCCUUGUCAAAAGAAGUAUCCAGUUUGUCUCCCUUCGUGAUCAGAUGAAGAUUACACGACAAGUAAAACUUUACCAUCCAUGCUGGGGCAUUUCCUGUAAUGAAGGAAGUAUGUAUAUCACUGAUGAAAGCAAAACACUGUAUAUUUAUAACGUAUCUGGAAAACUUUUCAGAGUUGUUAAUCAUGAUAAUAAAGGGAAUGAUAUAUUUAGUAACAAUAGGCAUGUUACUUUCGAUAGGUACAGUGGUAAAGUGUACGUUUGUGACUUUAGAAAAGGACUAGUUUCAUUCGAUAAGGAAGGUACAUAUAUCUCAAGCUUCACUGACAAAAUACUUAGUUUACCACAAGGGGCAUGUUCUGAUGGAGGAGGAAAUAUGUUUGUUUGCGGAUGGGGUUCAAGCAACGUGAUUCAGAUUGGAACAGACGAUAAGAUGCUUGGCGAGGUUGUAGGAAAGUCGCAAGGGUUGGGUCGUAUUUGCUCAGUAUGCUUUGAUGGACGUCAAAAGCGACUAGUCGUUACCAUCAGCAACAGCGACAAGAUUUACAUAUUUAAUCUAAAGUAA